AUGGCGGGCUUGGUGCCGCGGCACCAGGCUCUUUACAAGGGCUUCCGGACCCCGCCGUGGAAAGAGACUUUCCGGCAGCGCUGUGUGGAUAGACUGAAAAGUAGUCGGGCCAAGUUGCUUGAAAGAUAUCGUCAAGUGGGAGAAAAUGGAGCGAGUAGACCAAAUAAAACUUUGCUGGUACAGGAGGUGAUGGAAGUUGAGUGGAAAGCUUUGCAUUCUGUGGAUUCUCAGCUACCCUCUCUCAGAAAACACGAUUCUUCCCAGAUGCUUGAAGAACUGGCUGUAUUGGAUGAAAUCCAGCAGGAACUGAUCUUGCAAGAACAGCUGGCCAUAGAGGAGUAUGAGCAAAGCCUGAAGUUUGAGGAGGAAUGCCUUAAGGCAAUGCUCGAAGGCUUAGACGCAGAACGCCAUAUCAUCUGUCCUGUCUGUCGAAGGAACAAUCUCAGUGUGAUGAGUAACAUGGUUGCAUGCCAAUGUGGACUCUGCAUCAAUAGUCUGGGGAUGACUGAGGAAAAGCUCCAGUUGCUCUUAGAAGAAGGCCUGAUGGAACACAGCCAAAAUUGUCAGCAUUGUCCUGAAUUCACUGUAACUAAUAUGAUGGAAGAAGCUAAUCUUCUUAUGAGCUGUCAGGCUUGUGAUUCCUGGACAGUGAUUUUUUAAUUCCAUCUGUAUAGCCCUACAGUAUUGUAGAAAGACAAUGCUGUCUCCCCCUCCUUCUUUAGAAGGGUGUGUAUGUAUAUAAUACGAUGUAUAUAAGUACAAAAUCUCCUUUAUUUUUAUUUUUUAAAUUGAACUGGAUCUAUGCUAUUUUUGUUUUCUGACGUGUUGUGAUGAAUAAACUCCUUUUAUGAUAAGAACUGGGGAUUAUAGGUUUGGAGCAGGCAUUUCUGGUUGCAGCACUUUUGUGUACAAAUUCUUGGAAAUUUUGAUCCAAAUUGUGUGUACUUUCAUCAGGGGAUUAAAGGAAUUGCAAUGUGUGAUGCACCUAUUUUGCAAAGAAUAUUUGCUAGAAUCCAACUGGUGAAAUUUGUGCUUAAAGGAGGUCAGAUAACAGGAGAGGAUGGAUAUAUUUCAUUCGUGGACAUGUCUAUAAAGGCCAGGACCAACAAUUGUACAAUUAAGAUUUGGCCAACAUACCAGUCACCAGCUCUGAAUUCCUGUCACUUAGUGGAAACAAACUGGCCAGUAGCCUUAUUAUAUAAAGCAGAAAGCAUUACAUCUUUUUUUUAAUAACAUCUGGAAAUAAAAUUGUAUGGGUAUGCAAUUGCUCUUUCCCCCGAAAUAUGCUGGUGAGAUUCAGAGCUGUGAUUUAAAAAAAAAAGGGGGGGGGGCAAACUACCCUCUCAAUAACUAGAAAAACUGGUAGCCCUAAUGUGCCUUUUUAGAUGAGACACUAUCCCUUAUUCCACAAAAGGCUUUUUAGCCUGGCCUCCUUUUGUCCCAAAGAAUUCUGCUUCUUGGUAAGCUAUGGCCUGAAGAUCCACUCGAAAUGGAAAUACAGAUUUCUGUUACAAGCUUGUUUUCUGGAGCUCUAUGGGAAAGCUGUUGAUUAGUAGUUUCCGUUUUAAAAAAAUCCAGAAUGUGGGUUCAUGGAAGUCCCUGAUGUAUAAGUUGGUACAUUACUGAGGCAUGUUUCUUUUAUUUUGAGAGCCACCUUAGCAAAAAGAUUGGAUAGUAUAAGGAAAAACCCAUAUAGAAUAUCGUAUUAUUUAAACACAAGAUGGGAUAGAGGGACAAGAAUAUACCAUCAGGUAUAUUACUAUUUCCCACAUUUUGGAGGAAACGUUCUUUGAAAUCAAGUAAUUAAAAUUACCUUAUGGUAGCCAAGCAGUAUCUGAUCAAGAUAAAAUAUCAUUUUAUAGUUCCUUCUUCUUGAAUAUAGCCUGACCUUGAUGCUGUAUUCCCACCAAAAUAUGUAUUAUAAAUUGGGUACCUCUGUUUGCAUUUUUUUCCAUUGCCAGGUUUAAAAGAUCAAGUUCAAGUCUAAUUCACAUUGCAUACUAGUGAAUUGUAUCCUUGUAUAACAUAUUUGCACUAAUACAUCAAAUCUAUUAAUUCCUGCUAACAUCACUUCUGAUCAGUGUUAUAUGCUGCACUUAAAAUCAUUGUAAUUUUUUUCUGUUGGGCUUUGUAAAAAUAAAGGGCUGGCUCAAUAUUCAGUCAUGCUAUUGACUAGAAUUAGUUUUAAGCAUGUAUUGGUUCAAACAGUUCCAUUACUAUCAGCAUCAGCUUGGAAGCACCAAAAGCCAAUGUGAUUCCUCUUUAUCUUAUCCUUCUGCCAACAGAUGAAAAAGUUUAGUCUUAUGUACAAGACUAUAAGAUAAUAAGUACCUAGGUGGAUACUGUUCAUUAAUAUUCUGAUGUUAUUUUUUGCUUUCUGCGUUGUUGACCAAUUUGAGUUUUGUUAAUUAGAAAAGCA